AUGUAAAGACAUAGUAAUGAGACUAAUCCAGUGGAAUUUGUGAUUGAUGCUUAGAGUUCGAAGGCACCAAGUUCCCAGGAAUUCGAAUUUGAGACAUAAUCCUUUACUAGCAAAGAGGAUCUCCUAAAUAAUUAGAAUUUUAAACCAUUCUUAUAGGAAAGAGAUUCCACGGGAAAAUUGGUUGGAAAAGACAGAAAGUUACACUUUCUUAAAGGUUAAUAAAUAGUAUUGUACACAUCAGACUCUAAGAGACUUUAAUUUUCAACUACAUCAAUUUUAGGUCUCAAUCCUAGAGCUGUAACAGCAGAUGAUAGAAGAAUGGCCAAACGAGAGCCACUUAAGAAUUUUAAAUUAAAUUUGUAGGCUGAUCAAGGCUUUAUCAAAUAGUUUAGAGAAAUAACUAAACAUAUUAAACCAUCAUCCAAAAUGAAUAGUGGAUUUUUAGGACCUCAUCGAGAUUAUUAUUAUAAAACAACAAAAACUCCAGGUCCAGGCGUAUAUUAAUCUCUUUAUAUUACAGCUUCGAAUCCAAUUGAAUUUCCAAAGAGUCCACAAAUAAGUAAGCCUGGUUAGCCAGUUUGUAGUAAGGACUUUUACGAUUUCAAUAUGGUUCAGAAGAAUAUCUCUGGGCCUUCCUUUGUAAAAACUUAGAGUCGUGAUAGUGCUUAUUAAAGAGGAAUUUUCGCUUAAAUUGAAAUAGAAAAAAGAUAAACUUUGAAAUAAAAACCAGAAGAAUAUGAUGAAUAAAGGAUUGAUAGAGAAAUAGACUAUUUAUUGCAGCAAUAAUAAAAAUAUGGAAAAUAAUGUAUGAACAUAAUUGAUUAAUUAGCGUAACCAAAUUUAGCUUGGCCAGUUCCUUUAUAAAAAAUCGAAUUGCCAGAGAAAGUACAUGGACAAUGGACUAAGAUGCUCGAACGCUAUGGGUUUAAAAAGUAAACUGGAGGCAGAUUAAUAAAGAAUACAACUGCUUUGUGA